UUGCACAGGAGAAUUAUGCACAAAUGAAAAUCCUUAUUGAUCAAUUAAAAAACACUGUGGAGAAAAUAGUUGAAGGUGGUGGACAAAAAGCGAGGGAUAAACAUGUAAACAGAGGGAAGCUUUUACCUCGGGAAAGAAUAAAUACCCUUCUAGAUAAAAAUUCACCUUUCUUAGAGUUUUCACAACUGGCAGGUUAUGAGAUGUAUGAUAAGGAAGAAGUACCAGCAGGUGGGAUUAUCACUGGCAUUGGGAGAAUAGAAGGUACUAAAUGUAUGAUAAUAGCAAAUGAUCCUACUGUAAAGGGUGGAACUUACUAUCCUAUAUCGGUUAAGAAGCAUUUACGUGCUCAAGAAAUUGCGGAAGAAAAUGAAUUACCUUGUAUAUAUCUAGUUGACAGUGGAGGUGCAAAUUUGUCUAGACAGGCUGAUGUAUUUGCUGAUAAAAUGCAUUUUGGCAGAAGUUUUUAUAAUCAAGCAAACAUGAGUGCUAAAGGAAUAACUCAAAUUGCAGUGGUUAUGGGAAGUUGCACAGCAGGUGGUGCAUAUGUUCCUGCUAUGGCAGAUGAAAAUAUUAUCGUCGCUAAUCAAGGCACGGUAUUUUUAGCCGGUCCACCGCUGGUAAAAGCUGCAACCGGUGAAGAGAUUUCAGCGGAGGAUUUAGGAGGAGCUGCGCUUCAUUGUCGACAAUCCGGCGUCAUCGAUCACUGUGCAAUAGAUGACACUCAUGCUUUGCAUCUGGCACGUCGAAUCGUGAAAGAUCUAAAUCGGCAACCACCUAUGGAUGUAAAAAUCAAUAAAAAUAUUGAAUUGCCUAUACACGCCGUCGAUGAAAUCUAUGGCAUUGUUGGAACAAAUCUGAAACGUCCGUUUGAUGUGAAAGAAGUUAUAGCAAGGAUCGUGGAUGGAUCGAAAUUCCAUGAAUUUAAGACACAAUACGGUGAAACUUUAGUCACGGGAUUCGCUACAAUUUACGGCUAUCCUGUCGGCAUUGUCGCGAACAACGGUGUAUUAUUUUCCGAAAGUGCUCUGAAAGGCACUCACUUUGUGCAACUUUGCGCUCAAAGAAAAAUUCCUCUUAUCUUUUUGCAAAAUAUCACUGGAUUCAUGGUGGGUAGAGAUGCAGAAUUGGGAGGUAUCGCCAAAAAUGGUGCUAAAAUGGUAACAGCAGUAGCCUGCGCGCAAGUACCGAAGAUUACAGUAAUAAUCGGAGGUUCUUAUGGAGCUGGAAACUUUGGAAUGUGUGGCCGAUCUUAUUCUCCACGUUUUCUUUAUUCUUGGCCAAAUGCUAGAAUCUCAGUAAUGGGAGGAGAGCAAGCAGCUAAUGUAUUGGUGCAAAUUGCAAAGGACCAACGUGUGAAAGAAGGCAAACAGUGGACCCAAGAAGAAGAAGAGAAUCUCAAGAAUCCAAUCAUUAAACAAUUUGAAAAGGAAAGCAGUCCGUAUUAUUCUAGUGCUAGACUGUGGGAUGAUGGUGUAAUUGAUCCAGCCGACACGCGAGUUGUGCUCGGCCUGAGCUUAUCUGCGAGUCUGAAUACAUCUAUACCUGACACUAAAUUCGGAAUUUUCCGAAUGUAAUAUGGGUACAAACUUAAUGAAAGUAUAAAAAAGUACUAUAUUAAUGUUAAAUUUUAUAUAUUGUUUUAUAUCUGAUAUCUAAUCCAAAGAUAUUUUAUAUUUUAUAAAGAAAAUAUUUUUUAUUGUUAUACAUUCCAAAUAUAUGUUUU